AUGGAGUUUGGUCCAAGCUUCCCUGAGAAAAUUCCCUACCUUUCUGGGAUUUUCCCAGAAAUCAAAUCAGAGAUCCCUGUGUCAGAAGAGAACACCAGCUUCAUGUACCAAAACAAUUUCACCUAUUUUCAGCAACACCAUUUCCUGAAUGAGCCAAACCAUGGUCACCCUGAAAGUUUUUUCCCAGAGGGUUCUCCCUCCAUCACCACCCCAUUUUUCUCUUUGUCCUCAGCAACUCCUUCCUCAGGUGGUACAUCUUCCUACAAACCCACUUAUCCCAAUGCGUCCCUCAAAGGAGGCUUUGUCAACCCCUACUAUCCCAUGUCAUAUGCACCAAACAGCACUAAUGUUGAAUCCAUGCAUGGUCACCCCAACAAGGUCAUCUGGGACUUUUCCCAGAAAGCUCCACUUCACUCUGGUGCAAGUGCAACUUCAGAUCCUCAGGUGCAGAAGAAGUGUAAUGGCCAAAUUCAGCACAGGAUGACCAACAUAAUCAAAGGCCAGUGGAGUGCUGAAGAGGACAGUGUCCUUGUCCAAUUGGUGAAACGUUUCGGGAUCAAAAAAUGGUCUCAGAUAGCUAGGUUGCUGAAUGGCAGGGUUGGAAAACAGUGCAGAGAAAGGUGGCAUAAUCAUCUCCGGCCAAACAUUAGGAAGGAAUCAUGGAGCGAAGAGGAGGACAAAAUCCUGAUCGAAGCUCACAGGGAACUCGGAAACAAAUGGGCAGAGAUUGCAAGGAGAAUGCCUGGCAGGACUGAAAACACCAUCAAGAACCACUGGAACGCCACAAAGCGGCGCCAGAAGGCCAAAAGACAGAGGAACAAGCGCAGGGGCACCAAGGGUGCACCCACGCUUCUGGAGAGCUACAUAAAGAAAGUCACUGCAGCGGAAGAGGCUGAGAAGGAGUUGAAGAACUCUAUGAGCAAGAUGAACCUGAACGGCACCACCACCAAUUCGGGUCUCUUUCGGGUUAGGUAUGAGAGCUCAGAGGGUGACUUCAGCUCGGAGGAUGACGAGGUUGGAUGGGACCUGCAGCACCACGUGCCAUGUGGUGGUGGUGGCGGCGGCUAUGUGCCACUGAUGGUGAACUCUGGCGAAGAGAGCACGAUUGAUUACGAGGUUGCCAUGCAGAUGGAGCCGGAGGUUCAGCUGAGGAAAGAGAUGGAUCUGAUGGAGAUGAUCUACAGAAAAGGUUAA